AGAGACAGAGAGAGGUGGGUGCCUGACUUUGACUUGGUCAGUGAAGGCCUCAUGCAGCUUCUUAACAGCAGUUCAGUCUACUUUUUAUCUGCCUGACGCAACUCGGCUUACAGCAGAGCUCACUGGGAGUGCAGAGAGAGGAAGUAAAGAGAGGGAAGAGGAGGAAACAGGAAGGAAAAAAGCAAACAUGAUGACCCAGGAACAGUGCACUCAUAGGAACAAUGUCCAGAGUUCAGAGAAACCACAAGUGUACAAAGUGGGAAUAUACGGCUGGAGGAAACGCUGCCUUUACUUCUUCGUCCUGCUGCUGAUGAUCCUGAUCCUGAUCAACUUGGCGCUAACUAUCUGGAUCCUCAAAGUGAUGAACUUCACCAUAGACGGCAUGGGCAAGCUGAGAAUAACAGAGAAGGGCCUGAAACUGGAAGGGGAGUCCGAGUUCCUCCAACCCCUCUAUGCCAAAGAAAUCCAAUCCAAACCUGGUCGCCCACUGUUAUUGCAGUCGUCCAGAAAUGUGUCGGUCAAUAUCGUCAACAGCAACAACCAGCUGCUCACGCAACUUGUAACAGGAUCGAGUGGAUUUAAAGCACGAGGAAAGAUGUUUGAAGUCAAAUCCACCACUGGGAAGCUGCUGUUCUCCGCCGAUGAGCAGGAGGUGGUAGUGGGCGCAGAGAGGCUCCGAGUGAUGGGGGCCGAAGGAGCCGUGUUCAGCAAAUCACUGGAGACGCCACAUGUCAGGGCCGAGCCGUUCAAGGAGCUGAGGCUGGAGUCUCCUACUCGCUCUCUGCUGAUGGAGGCUCCCAAAGGCAUCCAGAUCCUGGCCGAGGCCGGUGACAUCCAAGCCAUCUGCAGGAACGAGCUGAGACUGGAGUCCAAAGACGGAGAGAUUUCUCUGGACGCUCGGAGGAUCAGACUGAUGCGGCUGCCUGAGGGGAAGGCCUCCACCAGCUCCUCGGCCUCUGGGAACAGGCAGACUGUCUACGAGGUUUGCGUUUGCCCCAACGGGAGGCUUUUCCUGUCCCAGGCCGGCACCGGAUCCACCUGCCAGAUUAGCAACAAUGUCUGCCUCUAGGAACCAUGCAAAAAAAUACAAAUAAUUACACAGAUUUUAAGCAAGACAGAGGGGCAAAACAGACGUACACGUUCAGUAUGUACGUGAUGAUCACAUAUCGCCUGCCCAUACGGGACUUACUCACAGCAAACAGUACAACCGGACUGCCAGAGCUGAAGGAAAAUUAACAAUCAUAGAUACUGUACUUAAAACAGACAUAUUGGUGUAAACACACUACAACCACAAACCCUCUGACUGAUAUCAAAGCUCUGCGGAUGUGUUUCAUCAGGCCAAUUCUGAAAUUUUUGGAUUGAAGCUGCUCACAGCUGAUAUUUUGUGCCAAUAUUUCAAUGCUAGGAAAUAUUUUCUCCCUUAAUUUUGUACUUUUCAGAGUGGGAAGAACCUCUGAAAUACCAUUAAGAGCAUCAUGGGACACUUUAUUUCCCCACUGAGUGUUAUACACAACUCUCUAAGCUCUUUAUACAGAACCCAACAGGAGGAGUUAUUAGGAUUUUAAGCUGAAUUACAUUAACAAAGGAAUAAUGUGUCACAUUGCAGGUUUUAAAGACUUUUUAAUACAAGCGAGAUCAGAGUGGAAACUUCAUCUCCAUCCUUUUUUAAAUUAUACAAAACUGACUGGAUGAUAAACAAGUAUCAAUAAAAGGACAGUACUGGUGAAAUAUUGGUGUGAUCCCAACAGGCAUACAUGAAGGUAGAGUACACACAUACUGAUCCACACACUAACUCACACACUUGCAGUCGCUACAUGACAACGUGGUGAACACACUUUUUGCUCGUAGGAGCCUCCUGGUAGAAACGGAGAGGAAACCCUCCAGAGAUUUACCGGAAGAGACACCGAUCUGUUCCCUUCUCCCUCAAGAGCAUCCCAGUGCCAGAACCAGGGGGGUGAUCACCCGUGGCAACAGACCCCUCCUCUUCAUACUUCCUCUCUUUUCCUUAUCUUCGCCCUUUUCUCCUCAAAUUGCAACAGCAGCUGAAAUAAUGCAGUUUUUUUCCCCACAGUUCAAAGGUAUUUUAAAUCCCUCAGAGGUAUGCUACAAGCACGUCAAUAUGACUGUCCUGACGUGAAUUAGUUCAAGAUAAAAAUACAAAAGAAUUUCAGACCCUAGACUGCAAAACAAAAAACAUCCGGUUCACUGCAGAGCCCCUGAAGUUCUGCAAAGGUGAUCACUUUUAACCUGUGCACACAAGAAAAGGAUCAUGUGUUCCCAUGAUAGUGAGUGGUUUUUACAAGGUUGUGCACACUCUCUCUCAACACCAUUUAAUUUGAUAACAACAGAUGUUUAUUAGGUCUCUCACACUCAUGUCUGUGAUAAUGAUCUAAGGAGGGUGCUAGAACAUAGAAAGCGGUAAUUGAGCUAACUGUGGCAUAGUGUUGCUUCACCACAGAGAUAAAGAACAGAGCUUUGAGUGGUCAGAAAGACUAGCAAAGUGCUGUAUAAGUACAAGUCCAUUUACCAUUUACCAUUUACCAUUUAGCUUUGAUCUAGCUAACAAGUGUUAAGCAAAAAGUACUCCACGGCAAAUCCAUAUCAUCACACAAGUGUUUGAUAUUACAUUUAAAUAUAUAAUGCCUCCAACAGGAAUGAAAAACCCUUUCACCAAAAAGAAAAACAGACUUAUUUGAACAAAUUUAAGAGGAGCUAAUCACACAUCAACACAACAUGGGAUGCAUCCCUCAACUCUUUGCAGCAGGGCACUGUUGAAUAUGCAAUCAAUAGUACCCAUACACUAAGAAAGGCGAAUCACUGGGAGAAUUAAUGGUAUAAACAAAGUGAUAAAACCUGAAUAACUUUUGCGCACAAGAUGAAAACGAUCAUCUUACCGAGCUUCAGGCGCUCUGUUCAUUCAGUUUGCUCAGUCUGCACAUCUUGCAGAUUUGUUGCUUUAAGGCACAUUCAGCCCACAGACUUUGAGUUACUUAUUACAGAUCAUAAUUAGGGAUGUUCCAAAGCGGACUGACCUAAAGAGAAGAAAACACUCAGGAAACAGACAAAAUGUAGUGUUAUUGAGUUAGGCUAUAUAUGAAUGAUGUCAAAUUGGUUUGCUGAGUCGGAGGUACAGAUAUGUCUCAUUGAACAUCCAUUUCAAUCAGCUCAUAACUAUUUCGCAUACAAAACUUAAACAUUAAAAGACUUUGCACCAGUGAAUUUAACAGGUUAAAGAAAGGGCUGAGAAAUGUGUAGCUAAACCUUUGAGACACAAAUUUGAAAAGUGAAUGUGUUUCCAAUUUGAAACACAAAGGUGUUGUAAAGGCUUGCAAUCAACAAUUUAAUUAAGUCUUCAUUAAAUUAGACCACGAGAUUAUUAUGCCACAUUUUCAUGGGAACAAAACACUCAGAUUAGCUUCACAGUGCCAACAGCAGAAUUCAUUUUAAAAAAUUAAUUAUUGACAACAUUGAAUUUUAGAUAUUAAAACAUAUUGAGCUGUCACGUUUUAUUCCCUCUACACUGUUUUGUUUAAUUUUUUGUAAUCUUUUCAUUUAAACCACAUAGAAAGGUGUUAUUUCUGCAUUGCCCACACACAUUUGGUCCAUGCUUCCUGCCUCACUCACCACACCAAAUUAGUGAAACUCUACAUCCUGUUACAGCCUUUAUUUUUAACAAAAUCAGAUAAGAUGUCCUAAAUGUCUAACAUAAGCUGCUUGAGCCUCGGUGAUCACCCUGCCUGUUUCUGCUCUGGGACACCUUUAAAAAAAGGACGAAUCAAAACGAACAUAAACGCGAGCCGCUCUGUGACAGAGGGGAACUGUGCCUGUGCCUUAUGUCCAUGCACUCGUGGCAAGAAGAAGCACAUCACACAGACUUUCUUUAGCAUCAACGAGUACCAUCUCUGAUUUUUGUUCACUUUCAUCCCAUCCACAAACUUCUCCCUCUGUGUGAAUGCAAAGACCUUCAGCCACAUCUGACUGCAGCGCCCCCUGCUGGCCACACCUGACUCUGCAAAAGGAAUGACGUUUUUUUCUUUUUCUAAUAACCACUUUAGCUGUAUGGUCUUAGAUGACAUGUGUGUUACUUUGCUUUUAUUCUCUCAAAUAUCCUGUGUGCAAACAUAUCUGUGUUUCUAUUAUUGUGUUUUGAGUGAUCCUGUGGAUUGUGACUGACAGAUAACAGCACUGAUGGGUCUGAUUUUCACUAAUUAUCACAAACUGCUUGGUCAUAAACAUAGAUUUUUUUCCAAUAUGAUAUCACACAUCAUCUUCAGAUAUUUAAACAAUUAUAUUUUUGUGCAAAUCUGGUGUACUAAGACGCCAAAAGGAUGAUAUUUUAAGGUGAGCACUUCUUAUGCAAUAUCAAAGUAUUUAUUAUUUUUGUAUUACUAGCUGCACAUUGAAAGUGUGAUUGUCAUGCACAGAUAUUUCAGAGAGUUUUAAAAAUGUGGAAAGUAAGCAGAGAAAUUGUGCUGUUUUUAAAUGUUUUGCAGAAGCUCAAAAUGAAUGAUCAUGUAUGGAAAAGGGAUUAGUGAAGGAUGUAUGCACAGAGAUUUAGUUUUUAUAAUGAACAAAUCAUCAAACAUUAGUUGACUGCAUACCUAGUUUUCCCUAACACAUCUACUCAUGGCACGCCUGCCCUGCUAAAGUCAAGGACCUGAGGUCGACCCAGAUUUUAUUCUGCAUCACAGACAGAGCAGUGCAAGAUCAGUAGCUUAACAAAAUGCCAUUUUCACACAUGCACAAAAGUCCUGACAACGACCUGAAACUCUCCAAAUGCAGCGCAUGUAUUCACCCAGUCUUUACCUGGACCUUUCCAUGCCAGCUUCCUCAUCAGAUCAUCACUAGAAGUCAGGGUGAGCCAAUAUGUGAUCUCAGCAGGUAAAGGUCAAGAAAAGUGCGAGUGAGUGGGAGGUGGUGGUAACAUCAGUAUCAUGCGGUUUGUGCAAAACCCUGAAGAAUGACAUGAAAACAGGAUGAAUAAAAUCAACCAAGGUUGGAGAAGGAGAAUCAUUUUCAAGACAAUCCGUCCGUUCACAUGUUGCAUUAAUAUAAACAUAAAAACCGUCAUCAUAUUGAAGGUCUCUGUUGCAUUGUCUGACAUCCUGACCAAAACGUUACACUAGGGCCCUCAUAGAAAGCUUUUAAUGUGAUGUCGUGCUUCCAAAGACUCACAUCCCAGUCUGACACGGAAGACUUCACGAUCUUUGGGACAUGUGUGGAUGAGCCACUUCAGAAAAUUUCAAGGGUAGAGAUCCUAAAACGUAUAAAAAUGUCAUGCGUGCAUGUGUGAAAGAGGUUAAACUGUCUCAAAAUGACUCCUAAGUGUUCAUCUCGGGAUCCAAAUGACUCACAAAGAUCUCCUUCUCCUUAGAUCAAAUGCACAUGGAGAGAAGGUCGGAUCAAUGUGAAAAUAAGGAUGCAUAACAUCAGGAGAGGAUGCAUCAUAAGUGUUCCCCUGACUUUCUCUGGUUGCAUCAGGAGCACCUGAGUUGUUGCUCAUGUUAGAUAUUUUGAAUCAGUAGAUAUUAGCAGGAUAAUACUGCGCAAUUCAAGGCAAACUGGUUCUUACAUCUUGAGCCACCAGGUUUCUGACACUGAAAGGUGCAAUAAAUUAAUUUAAAAUGUGUAGAGAUCAUGCAUCACAAAGUAAACCCUUUGACCAAGCAGCUUGUGAUAACUCUGAAUUUAUUUGUGGUCUUAUUUUAUAUGGUUUGUAUAUUUUAAAUGUCAGAUCCUUUUAAAGAGUCAGGUUUUCCAAACUUCUCGCUGUCUCUCAGCUUCUCUGUCGCUGUAUAUUAAAGGACUUUCAGAAAAAAAUUCACUACAAGAUGAACCUAUCUGAUGUAAUUGAUUUUUGAAUACAUGUACACAAGAGAAAUACAGAUUUUUAUACGGUUGUAUAUGUAAAUAAUGUAUACAUAACCGCGUCGGUGAGCUACAGAGGGUACACACCGACGAAAGAGAAACUCUGCUCUUUUGCAAAAAGGAAAACCUUUUUUAAAAUGUACAUCAGUGUGUGUUUUAUAUGAAAAGGGCAAAAAAAAUCAUGUUUGAGGAUAAUAUUAAGUUAGCAUGUACAGCAGUGUAUACAAAUUUUGCCUGUGGAGAACAAGCUGGUUUGUUUUUAUGCCUCUCCUGUCUCUCCAGCUGAGCUCAGAUGUUUCUCACAAACACAAACCUGCUUUUCGUUUCCUUUCCUUCUGUUGUUGUUGUUGCUCUGUCGGCCCGAGGUCUUUGCAUUCCCUCCAAGUGUGCUGUGUGUAAAAAUUGUGCAACUAUGGGUGAGCUUUUGUUUUGUUCGUCUGCUCCACAGAACGUGUUGAAUGAUUCUCAGAGACGCAAACACACAAACCAAAACUGCAAGAAGAAAAAAGAGAGGAGGGAAGAUACAGAGGGUUACACAGGGUCCAAACAGAAACAAGAACAAAAAUCCACCAACUGGUAAAGAAUAAAUUCCAUCAAUGAUAAAGGGAAAGGACCACUUUUAAUACUACAAAUCUUAAUGUACGGUGGCCCUAAAGUCAAACAUAAAAUCAAAUGUGAAAAAAAGUCAUAUAGUGCAAAAACAUUUAAUGGAACGCAAAGAAUAUUUAAAAAAAAACACCCAAAAGCUCCCAAUAUAAAGAACUAUUUCAUAGAACCCAGAAACACUUCAAGAAAGCAUUAAUAUUUCAUGAGACACAAACAUCUCAUGACAUACAAAAUAUUUUAGGAAACAAAAGCAUUUCACAAAGUGUAAAAAUAAUGUGUUCCAUGAGCUCCUUGAUUACAAUGAAACGUUUGUGCAGUUGAACUAUAGGCCACCAUACAUAAGGAUUUCCAGUGAUUACCCUGUCCAGUGGAUUAUAUUGCCGAUUGAUCAAUCACACCGAUCUGAUCACUUCCCACCAUGCUGCCCUGUGAGCUCUCUCUUCUUCCUUUUCUGUCAAACAUGAGGGGUUAACAUUCAUCCUGAAUCCUUACAUUUUUCUUCAUUUUUCAGUCUGAAACUGCCGUUCAUGGAGUAGUUUUCAAAGAUGCCAAAAUAAAAGGCGUUGUUCAAGUUGA